GAUGAACAUGUGAAGCCAUCAAAUGAGAGUAAGGUCUCCCGAAUCGCCCUGCACAGCUCUUUCAAAGCGAGUCUGUCACGAGCGUCUUCGUCCCUAGCGAUUCAUCACGAACCUUUUGUACACUCUCUCUGUGUGAUCUUAAGUGGAUUCGGCUCCAUAUGGUUAGGGUUUGAAGGAAGUGGUCUUGGUACCUCUUUUCGCUCUUGGUUUUAUCUCCCUGGUUUCGUCCUCAAGUUCCUUCAAAUGUCAGAAGCUUCUCGGCAGAGUAGGGUCACUAUUACUCUAGGGCGUACAGGCCAGGUUGUAAGUCGAGAUGGAAGUGAUUUAGAUGGCGGAUUAGAGUUGCCCAGAGUUGGGACUAAGCGUUCUGUGAAAGAAAGAUUAGGGAAUCCGUUAGAUAGCUCUGUUUACAGAAGUGAUGCGGCAAAGAGGAGAAGCAAGUUCCAGUGGAAAUGGUAUAGAUAUAUGAAUUACUGGAUACAGACCAGCAUCUUUGCUGAUUUUUCUGACCCUCCACUCUUUGUUACUAAGAUUUGCAGAUCGGUGAAAAUGAUCUCCGGUUCAAACUGUUGCAAAAAAAUGCAUAGAGACGAGCUCAGAGCGAGGGAGGCAGCACUAUGUGCGAAGCUCUCCAGGAGCGAGCAGCCUCCUCGUAGCCUUGACACUCAACCUCCUCAUAUGGCUGAGCCGAGGGAUAGCCUUUUGCCUCCAUCAAGAACUGCUCGUGGUUCCUCUCAGAUGCUUUCGUCAGCCAAUUCUCAUACUCCAUGGAACCUGGAUGAUAUACGACGGAGAUCUCAAGAGAGGUAUACUUCCAGUUCCAGAGGUCGAUCAUCUCCAGAGAGGUAUGUAGAGACUAGUUCCAGGGGUCGAUCGCCGCCAAAAAAUGCUGGAAGUAUCAGUGGCACUCAAAGGUCUCUAUCACCGUCGAGAAAUUCUGGAAGGAUAAUUAGCGCUCCAAGGGGUCUAUCGCCGCCAAGAAAUGCUUCAAGGAUUAUUGGCGAUCCAAGGGAUCUGUCACCGCCAAGAAGUUCUUCAAGGAUGAUUGUCAAUCCAAGGGAUCUAUCACCGCCACAAAAUGCUGGAAGGAUGAUUAGGGAUCUAUCACCACCGCCGAGGAACACCAGAGCUUUAGUGGUGGUUCUAGGGCUAUGUCUCCAGCUAGAAAUCUACAUGGGUUCUUCUCGGGGGUUUUCACCUCCUAGGAAUCCUGGAAGCUACAUGAGUUCUUCAAGAGGCUCUCCUCCAUCUAGGAAUCCUGGAAGCUACAUGGAUUCUUCAAGAGGCUCUCCUCCAUCUAGAAAUUCUGGAAGCUACAUGGGUUCUUCAAGAGGCUCUCCUCCAUCUAGGAAUCUCGAAAGCUACAUGGGUUCUUCAAGAGGUUCUCCUCCAUAUAGGAAUCCUGGAAGCUACAUGGCUUCUUCAAGAGGUUCUCCUCCAUCUAGUAACAUCGAUGAUUUUCGUGGACGAGGCAGGAUGCUUGAUGAUGUGAGAGCGCCACCAUAUGCAGUUAGAGGUGUACUAAACAGUCAAGCACCAGCAAGCAGCACUACUUUCGCCAGGCCGAUGUUACCUCCUCCCGUCCCGAACCCUCAUCCACUGCCUCCUUUGAGUCAGCUUCCUCCCCUUGGAAGUAUAACGCAUAACAAUCACUUCUCUGUGGAAGAGCCUCUAACAGUUGAUAGCUUUCUACAUUCAAUAGGACUGGGAAAAUACACACUUGCCUUUAAGAGAGAGGAAGUGGAUAUGACCACGAUAAAGCAAAUGAAAGAGAGUGAUCUUAAAGAUCUCAUCAUACCAAUGGAAAAAGAUUCUUUAGGCAAUAGCUUGCCUUCCAAAUCGGUAGCAAUGACAGACGAGGCG